CUCCUGACGCCAGCAUGGAGCAAGUGCCUGCGGCCUGGGCCAAGGCCCGCAGCCAGGGCUGCUCUGCCCACUGUGCCCCAGGUAAGCCGGGCCAGCGCAGGGGGGUAGUGGAGCCCAGGCUGCGCAGGAGCCACCCUGACCUGCAUCUCCUCCCAGGGCGAAAGCCCCGCGAGGCCGAGUGAGCGGCAGCCACCAGCCCGGGGACCUUUUUUAAGAUGACCCGCACGGACCCGCCGGACCUGCUGGUGUCGACCGUGUACCAGGACAUCAAGGUGGCGGCCCCGGGGCCCGCGUCGAGGCGCCCGCCAUGUGAGCGCUCCAUGGCCCGGCCUGCUGCGCCUGCGCCUUUCAACAAGCGCCACUGCCGCAGCUUCGACUUCCUGGAGGCGCUGGACGGGACGGCCAUGGAGGCCCACCCGGAGCCGCCGCCCCCAGAGCCCGCCGCGCCGCGCUCCCGGCCCCCGCCCUCCGGGCCCGCCCCCCACGUCCGCUGCCGCCUGGACAUCAAGCCCGACGAUGUGGUGCUGCAGCAUGCUGCUCGGGGUUCGCGGCCCUGCGGGCCCGCCGAGACCGCGCCCUGGGCCCGCGCCGCCCCGCAGCUCCACGGCCUCACCGUGCCCGGGCCUCGCCACGUGGCGAUGUCGCGCACGCCCACCCCCGCUGACUCGUACUGCGCGGACCCCCGGGCACUGUACUGCGACGGGCCCCUACCUGGGCCCCGGGACUACGCAGAGCGCCGAAGUCUGCCCUUCACCACCCCGCCGGGCCCCACCCAGUUCUUCUACACUGAGGAGCCCGAGGGCCACCCCGGCGGCUUCACGGCCAGCCCGGGCCCUCCCUUCGACAGCUUCUACCCCAGGCCUUUCCCGUCCGAGGAGCCCUCUGGGCCCAGUCCACGGCGCGGGAGCGGCUACUAUGCUGGGGAAAUGCGCACCUUCCCGGUCCAGGACCCGCCCUCCCGUUCCUACUACGGGGAGGCCCCCAGAGCCUACAUCCCGCCCUGCGGCCCCCGCUAUGGCCCCGAGGAACUCCGAGCCCACCCCGCCGCCCGCCUCUUUUACACAGAGGACUUCGGACGGUACCGCGACCGCGACGCCCUGGCGCGGACUUACCCACACCCACGCGGCAGCCUGGCCUGGGGCGACUGGGGCCCGCGGCCUUACCGCACCCUGCGGGUGGCGCCUCCCCCGGACCCCGGCCCGCUGCUCGCCUCGUGGCACGGUGGCACCAGCACCAGCCCGCCCCGGUUGGCCACCGACAGCCGCCACUAUUCGCGCUCCUGGGACAACAUUCUGGCGCCCGGGCCGCGCCGCGAGGACCCCCUGGGCCGCGGCCGCAGCUAUGAAAACCUGCUGGGGCGCGAGGCGCCGGAGCCGAGGGUUGCAUCCCCCGAAGGCCGGCGCCCGCCCGUGGUCGUCAACCUAUCCACCUCGCCCAGACGCUACGCGGCGCUGUCGCUGUCUGAGACGUCGCUGUCCGAGAAGGGCCGCGCGGGCGAGGGCCCGGGCCGCAACUGGUAUGUCACGCCCGAAAUCACCAUCACCGACAACGACCUGCGCGCCGCCGAGCGCCCGGCCACCAGGGGCUGGGAACGGCCCGAGGGCCGCCCGCGGCCGCCUCCGCCCGCAGUCCCCGACGGCCCAACCUCUGGCCGCCAGCGCAGCCUCGAGCAGCUGGACGAGCUCAUCACCGACCUGGUCAUCGACUCGCGGCCCCCAGCAGGCCAAGCCCCCGAGCCCGCGGCCGACGGCCUGGGCCGCCAGCUGCGCCGCCUGCUGGACUCGCGGCCCCCAGGGCCCACGGUGCGCAAGUUCGCCAAAGUGGCGCUGGCGGCUGGCAGCCCGGCGCGGCCACCCCCAGCGCGGGGCCGCGAGCCGGACAUGGAGACGUUGAUCCUGACGCCGCCGCCGGGCACAGCGGGCCUGGACCAGGACGGCGAGGCGGGCCGGCGCGCGCGGGAGGUGGCCUUCAUCCACAUCCAGCGCGAGCUGCGGCUGCGCGGUGUCUUCCUGCGCCACGAGUUCCCGCGCGUCUACGAGCAGCUCUGCGAGUUCGUCGAGGCCAACCGGCGCUUCACGCCCACCACCAUCUACCCCACGGACCGGCGCACCGGCCGGCCCUUCAUGUGCAUGAUCAUGGCCGCCUCUGAGCCGCGCGCGCUCGACUGGGUGGCCAGCGCCAACCUACUGGACGACAUCAUGUAGCUGAGGGGGCGCGCCUGGGCUCCGCCCAGCCCGCUCAGGG